AUGGAUGAUGCCACAGCAGCGACUACCUUCCAGCUUCAUCUCGAGGAGGCGAUGAAUCAUCAAGACUAUGGGAUUGCCGCCGUCAUUAAUCGAGCAUGUGAGGCUCACCGAGGUGGGAGACUGAACCAAACUACACGAUAUGAAUUUCCUAGAGACGAUCAAGUCCCGAUUGAAGGCCUCGACUUCCCAUCGGAAACAGCUUCACAUACUGGACAGACAACGUCCCGGCAGCUUCAAGAAUACAAUAGAGGCGAUGAUUCGGUGAUGGCUUCUCGAUGGCGACCAACAGAGAUUACUUCGCCGGGUAGAACUCGUCUCCCAUUCAGAACGAUUCCAGAUUACCUCAGAACCCCAGGUCCUGGCACUUUAGAAACAAGAUUGCUUCCCCACGUAGACAGGUUCCCUCUACUACGAGGAGAAUCAUCCCGUGCUGCAACUCGUACGCUGCCAUUCGAAAGGCUCAUCGGUACUCCCAUGGACAGGCCACCACUUUCCCCAGAACCUCCAGAAGAAAACCCUAAAUGUUCAAGUUGUUUCGAGUCCUACAAAAUCGACGAUAUUGCACCAUCUUGGACGUGUGAACACGGUUUCUGCGCAGAAUGCGCCAUAAAGGUAUUCACCAACUCUCUCAGCGACACCACUCGAUUUCCUGCUACUUGCUGCGGACGAGAGCUCUCAUUGGAGAAUUUCAUGUUCGUCCUAACUCCCGGUCUCGUUAAGAGAUACGAAGAAAAGAAAGUGGAGACCAAGGCGAAAGGAUUUUGCUCCAAUCCGAGAUGUUCAGCUCCAUUCAAAGAAGAAGAAGUUGUUGGUGAUAUUGGGACUUGCUCCGCCUGUCAGACCAUCACUUGUAUCUCUUGCAAGUCGGCUGCUCAUAUAGGGAAAGACUGCUCGGAGAUUACGAAGGAUGAAGAUCAUCAAGCAACUAUUGAUUUGGCAACUGUUUCCGGUUGGCGCGAAUGCUUUUCGUGCAAAGCGAUAGUCAGUCGCAAGAGUGGCUGUAAUCAUAUCACCUGUCGUUGUAAGGCUCAAUGGUGUUACCUUUGUGGAUCUAAAUGGCGACCACGCACCUGCAGUUGCCCAUUAUUUGGGUUCCCAGGACAAGGAGGAGAACAGGACGACAUGGAAUUUCGGGAGGGGGAUGAAGCGAUAGUUAUGGAAGACAAUCCCGGUGACGAAGCGGUAUUUUGGGAGGACAGGAUAAACCAGCAAUAUGAUACUGCUGGCGGCCGUGAUAGGUACUACGAACAGCGUCUUCAGUCAGCCCAAAGAAGAGCUGCAUGGCACGUGGCUCAACAGGGAGAUCAGCUACCAAAUCGCGAAGUUGAAAGGAUAUGGCUUAGAACCAGUGCAAACCUCAACGAAGCCCGAAGGCAACCCAAUCUUGCACGUCUCAAAGAAGAGAGAGUACGAGCGCGAGCUGAUAUGCUAGAUUGGGGUCGACAGCGUCCAUUGCCGAGACUUACUGAUCGUACAGAAAGAGAUCGUACUCCAAAUGGCGCAUCACAGCAUAGAACACGGUUUACUCCAGAGUCCAGCAGGAGCCAGCGAGAACGGUCAGCAGACCAACUUGGGAAUCCGACUGCCACAGACUUCUUUUCAUUUGUUCCUGUCGAUCCUAGUCCACUGCGUCUUCGACAAGAGCAGCAACCAACCAGUAGCUUCAAUACACUUGGCAACGCCCUACCACCAAGACGAAACGCCCGAGAAGCUAUUCCCCAACAAGCCUCACGGUCCCUCUUUACACCAAGCGAAGUAGGGAGGCAGCCAAUACGGAGUGAACAGGAUCCAAUCCCCAGAUCUACACUCGCUGACGCAAUCAGGGAUCGGAAUGUGAGGCAUCGUCGUGCUCAAUUGCGAUAUCCAUGA